UUUAAUAAGAUCCCUUUGCAUCUUCGUGCAUAUAAUAAUAAUCCUACGAGGUCACUCUUCAUAUAGUACUUCCUACAUUUGCUCAAAAAGCCUACGUUUUCUCCACUAAUGCACACAUUGAUUUGAAGCUAUACUUUAUUUGUAGUUCCUUCAAACAUGAGCACUUUCUCUCUUGGAGCCCACAAAUGUUUCAUACUUCUAAUUUUCUUCACGAUAUUUUCUAUUGGUUGGAGCCUUAGGGUGAUCCCAAACCAUGCUAAGUUGUUGAGCUUGCAAGAUGAGAAAGCAGCAAUUAGAGACAAAAAGGAAGAAGCAAGAGAAGACAACACUAUAAUGGAACUCUACCCAACAGGUUCUACCAUACCAGAUUGUUCCCAUGCAUGUGGACCAUGUUCCCCUUGCAAGAGAGUCAAGGUGGGAUUCAGCAAGUGUUCAAUUGCAGAGUCUUGUCCUAUUGUUUACAGAUGCAUUUGUAAAGGGAAAUACUACCAUGUUCCCUCCAAUUGAUCAAUGAUCAUAACUAUUAUGUUUUUGUUAGAAGUUUAGGAUCAUUGUUGUAAUUCUGAAGUAGAUUAUGUUGAUGAUGAGGUUUGGAUAUUUUUACCAUUUGGAGAUUAUUAGAUUUAGGCAUUGUAAGAAAAAGAAAAACUUUAUAUCAUGACUUCAACUUUUGUUGCUU